AUGGCUCGUUCAGACGUUGUUCCUGGAGGACGCGCGGGGAAGGCGAUGGCUGCCGCUGCUGCCGCCGCGGGUGGCGGCGGUGGCUCGUCCGUGUCGUUGCAGGACGCGGAUAAGAAGAGUCAUCGCGCAGCGCGGUCAGGGCCGGCGGCGGAGCGCAAGAAGGAGAAGGAUAAGAAGAAACGCGGCGUGGACGACGACGCGGAGGAACGCGAGAACCCGCGCGCGUUUGCUUUCCGCUCGUCGCGUCGAGCCAAGCUACAGGUGGCGAGGCGGGUGGAGCUGCAGCAGCGGCGCAUGCACGCGCCCAGUGCUGCUGCCACACGCGCACAGGCGCUGGAACCACCUCCGUUCGUGGUGCUGGUGCAGGGUCCUCCCAAGGUGGGCAAGACGACGCUCAUCCGCUCGCUGAUAAAGCACUACACCAAGCACAACAUUCCAGACGUCAAGGGACCCAUCACUGUCGUCUCAGGCAAGAAGCGGCGGCUGCUCUUCAUUGAGUGCAGCAGCAGCGUGCACGCCAUGCUCGAUGCGGCCAAGUUUGCAGACCUCGUGCUGCUGCUCAUCGAUGGCAGCUUCGGCUUCGAGAUGGAGACCUUUGAGUUUCUGAACAUGCUGCAGGUGCACGGCUUUCCCAAGGUCAUGGGCGUGCUGACGCACCUGGACGGCUUCAGAGACCCGCGCAAGCUCAAGAAGACCAAGAAGACGCUCAAGCACCGCUUCUGGACCGAGAUUUACGAUGGAGCAAAGUUGUUCUACCUCUCGGGGCUCAUUCACGGCAGGUGCCCCAAGCGGGAGCUGCUGAAUCUGGCGCGCUUCAUCUCAGUCGCCAAGUUCCGCCCGCUCUCCUGGUGA